UCUCAAAAAUUUGCCAUGACAAAGGAGAUAAAGGAAAACAGUAAAACUAUUGACAGAGAACUUAACGAUUAUUACCAACAAGUAGAGAAAGACGUACGUGAACAGACGAACGCGUAUUUAACAGGUGUCAAACAGGUGUUGGAAACGUAUCGAACAAAAGUGCAGUCCGAUUACUGCGAAAUGCAAAAAGUUAUAGAUGACAAUAGCAGCAAAAUAACAGCAGAAGUGAAGACACUCACCUCCACGCAGGUGAAGACUUUAGAAGCUGAAAAGGAAAAUCAAGAAAUGAACAGGAUUUCCAUUCAGAGUAUUCGUGAUUUCGUUCAGCAGCUCACAGACACUGGUUCUGACAUAGACGUCAUGACCCACUCUAAAAAACUCCAAACUAAAAUCCAGGAGUUACAGACAUCUGAACCGGUCUUUGAUACCAAGACCACCGACAUCACAUUUACACCAGGGAAAAAAAUGGACCUUGUGCUACUGUUUCCUAAAAUUCCUGAACCACGGCCGCUGUCCAUCAAAAAGGGGUCCAUUACGGCUAAAACUUACCGGGGUCCCUUCGAUGCAUGUUUUGGAAGUUUGAAACAAGAGACAGUAUGCUACCCCGAGCUGAUGGAAUUUCAGAAGGUCACAUUGCUCGAAACGCGAGAGCGGCAGAUAUCUUUUUAUGUUAGGAGACGGCUGUGGGACACCCAGUGCACGGAUGACGGUUGCUUUUUAGUUGCAUGUGGUAUUAUGUUCUUACACACAGCCCGUACCGUGUGUGUAUUCUCCAGCACAGGUGAACUUGAAAGAGAGUUAGUAAAAUGAGAACCUGGGCGAGGUGUAACUGUACAGUCAGUAACGAUAGAUUCUUGGUCACAUGCAAAGAUAAAAGUUGUAGACUGUAUUCAACAUCAGGUCAGGUUAUCCAAUGUAUCGGUCAGGGUGAUAUGUCUGACCCCUGGGGUGUCA